AUGUUCCGCGCCGUCUUGCCCCGGGCUUCGCCCCGGUCUGCCUUCCGCCAUGCCGGCUCCAGGGCUAUUCCCAACAAUUUCGUUACUCCCAUGAUCUUCAUUGGCCACUCAAAACGUGGUUUCGCUUCUGAAGCAGAUCACGACCUGGUCAUCAUCGGUGGUGGUGUCGCCGGUUACGUUGCUGCUAUCAAGGCCGGUCAAGAGGGUCUCAAGACCGCAUGUAUCGAGAAGCGCGGAACACUCGGCGGUACCUGUUUGAACGUCGGCUGUAUCCCUUCUAAGUCUCUCCUCAACAACUCCCAUCUCUACCACCAGGUCCUUCACGAUACCAAGAAGCGUGGUAUUGACGUUGGCGAUGUCAAGCUCAACCUUACCCAGAUGAUGAAGGCCAAGGACACAGCUGUUGAAGGCCUGACUAAGGGUGUUGAGUUCCUGCUGAAGAAGAACGGCGCCGAGUACAUCAAGGGUACCGGUUCUUUUGUUGAUGCCAACACUGUUAAGGUCGUCCUCAACGACGGUGGUGAGAAGACCCUGCGUGCUAAGAACAUCAUCAUCGCCACCGGCUCUGAAGCCACCGGCUUCCCCGGUUUGAACAUUGAUGAGAAGCGCAUUGUCUCAAGCACUGGUGCUUUGGCUCUCGCCGAGGUCCCCAAGAAGAUGACCGUCAUCGGCGGUGGUAUCAUCGGUCUUGAGAUGGCUUCCGUAUGGUCCCGUCUCGGCGCUGAGGUCACUGUUGUUGAGUUCCUCGGCCAGAUCGGUGGCCCCGGCAUGGACGCCGAGAUCUCCAAGCAGGCCCAGAAGAUCCUUGGCAAGCAGGGUAUUAAAUUCAAGACCAACACCAAGGUCAUGUCCGGCGAUGACAGUGGUUCUACUAUUUCCCUCAAAGUUGAGGCUGCCAAGGGUGGCAAGGAGGAGACAUUGGACGCCGACGUUGUCCUGGUCGCUAUUGGCCGUCGUCCCUACACCGAUGGCCUGAACUUGGAGCAGGUUGGAAUCGAGAAGGAUGAGCGUGGCCGCCUGAUUAUCGACCAGGAGUACCGCACGAAGCUUCCCCACGUCCGUGUCAUUGGUGACUGCACCUUCGGUCCCAUGCUGGCCCACAAGGCCGAGGAGGAGGCCGUUGCCGCCAUCGAAUAUAUCAAGACCGGCUACGGCCACGUCAACUACGCUGCCAUCCCCAGCGUCAUGUACACCCACCCCGAGGUCGCUUGGGUUGGCCAGACUGAGGCUGAGAUUAAGGCUUCCGGUGUCAAGUACAAUGUCGGUACCUUCCCCUUCAGCGCCAACUCCCGCGCCAAGACCAACCUCGACACCGAGGGUCUUGUUAAGUUCAUCGCCGAUGCCGAGACCGACCGCAUUCUCGGUGUCCACAUCAUCGGCCCCGGUGCCGGUGAGAUGAUUGCUGAGGCCACCCUCGCCAUCGAGUACGGUGCUUCCUCCGAGGACAUUGCCCGCACUUGCCACGCCCACCCCACUCUCUCCGAAGCCUUCAAGGAGGCUGCCAUGGCCACCUACUCUAAGGCCAUUCACUUCUAA